CGGAAGCUAGACACCGCUUGGAGCCGUGCCCCAGUGUGGUCACCUGACGCGCAUGUACGUCCCCUGACGCACUUGACAGGCCGCUGCUGGCGCCGCGUCAGCUGAUCUUGGAAUCGAGUUGCCUUCGUGCGGGCUGAUCGGGGCUCUCCGGUCCCGCCACCCCCGCCUCAGCCAUGUCAUUCUUCCCGGAGCUUUAUUUCAACGUGGACAAUGGCUACUUGGAGGGAUUAGUGCGUGGCCUAAAGGCCGGGGUGCUCAGCCAGGCGGACUACCUCAACCUGGUGCAGUGUGAGACGCUAGAGGGGUGGCCAUGGGAGAAAAGCAGAUGUGACUGGCAGAGCAGGGAUGAAGGCAACUUGAAGCUGCAUCUGCAGAGUACUGACUAUGGCAACUUCCUGGCCAAUGAAGCGUCACCUCUGACAGUGUCAGUCAUUGAUGAUAGGCUCAAGGAGAAGAUGGUAGUAGAGUUCCGCCACAUGAGGAACCAUGCCUAUGAGCCACUUGCCAGCUUCCUGGACUUCAUUACUUACAGCUACAUGAUUGACAAUGUGAUCCUGCUCAUCACAGGCACAUUGCACCAGCGUUCAAUUGCUGAACUUGUGCCCAAGUGCCACCCUCUAGGCAGCUUUGAGCAGAUGGAGGCCGUGAAUAUUGCACAGACACCUGCAGAGCUCUACAAUGCCAUUCUGGUUGACACGCCCCUGGCGGCUUUUUUCCAGGACUGCAUCUCAGAGCAGGACCUUGAUGAGAUGAACAUUGAAAUCAUCCGAAACACACUUUACAAGGCCUAUCUGGAGUCCUUCUACAAGUUCUGCACUCUGCUGGGUGGUACUACGGCUGAUGCCAUGUGCCCUAUCCUGGAGUUUGAAGCAGACCGCCGCGCCUUCAUCAUCACCAUCAACUCUUUCGGCACAGAGCUGUCCAAGGAGGAUCGGGCCAAGCUCUUUCCACACUGCGGGCGACUCUACCCUGAGGGCUUGGCUCAGCUGGCUCGGGCUGACGACUAUGAGCAGGUCAAGAAUGUGGCUGAUUACUACCCGGAAUACAAACUGCUCUUCGAGGGUGCAGGUAGCAACCCUGGAGACAAGACCCUGGAGGACCGAUUCUUUGAACAUGAGGUGAAGCUGAACAAGUUGGCCUUCCUGAACCAGUUCCACUUUGGUGUCUUCUAUGCCUUUGUGAAGCUCAAAGAGCAGGAAUGUCGUAACAUCGUGUGGAUUGCUGAGUGCAUAGCCCAGCGCCAUCGCGCCAAGAUUGACAACUACAUCCCCAUCUUCUGAUCCAAGGCUCCCAAGUGCACUGUGUGUGUCUUUGUGUGCUGUGAUGAAGCCUGUGGCUCACUUGUCUGCCCCAGGGGAGGGUGUAGCACAUUGUCCUAUGGGUUGCCCAGGUCCCUGACCCCCUUUGGGACUGCUCUUAGGCCUAAAAAGGGGUUGGGUACCUCUCCUCUGACCAAGAAUGGACCAAGACCCCCUUCAGAGCAAUGAGCUCCCCUCAGCCCUAUGUUUACAGCCACUGACAUGUCUGAGAAGCUUGUGGUCACUUUCAUGUCCCUCCCUAACCUGAGAACCCCUGGAGGAAGUGUGAGCCUCCUCUCCCUGCUGUGGGUCAUCCCAGAGUUACGGCUCAUGGGAAGGAUAGAGUGUAUGUGUCCAUGGGGCAAGGGGAAAACAGCUUUGCAGCCCUCUCCCUCAGCUCUGCCUCCCUGAGACAAUAAAAUUGUCCUCUUUAAGCCUA